AUGGCAAGCGAGUGUAGUUUACUAGGGGUAAUAUUGGUAUUUACUCUCUUCCGUGACCUUGUCACCGUCUCCGGACAGAAUAUUCCGGCGGUGGGUUUGUUCUCAUUUGGUGAUUCCAACUUCGACGCCGGAAAUAGAAAGUUUCUCACAAAAGCUACGGUUGCUCAAAACUUUUGGCCUUAUGGUAAAUCUCGAGAUGACCCUAAUGGCAAGUUUUCCGAUGGUAAAAUUGUCCCUGACUUCAUAGCAAAAUUCAUGGGGAUUCCACACGAUUUACCUCCGGCGUUUAAACCCGGCGCCGAUCUCUCACGAGGAGCCAGCUUUGCCGUCGGUUCUGCUUCUAUUCUUGGCUCUCCCAAAGAAUCUUUGACUUUGAAUCAACAAGUGAAGAAAUUCAAUCAGAUGAUAUCAAAUUGGAAAGAAGAUUACAUUCAGAAAUCAGUUUUUAUGAUACAAAUUGGAACUGAAGAUUACUACAACUUUACCAAGAACAAUCCUAAUGCUGAUAUUUCUGCUCAACAAGCUUUCGUCAUUUCUGUUACUAACCGAUUAAAGAACGAUAUCGGCUUGUUGUAUUCAUCGGGAGCUAGUAAAUUCGUCAUACAAACGUUACCGCCCUUAGGUUGUUUACCGAUCAUGAGACAAGAGUUCAAUACCGGUAACGAUUGUUACGAGAAACUCAACGAUUUGGCCAAGCAACACAACGCUAAAAUCGGACCAAUAAUGAACGAAAUGGCGAAAACCAAACAGGGUUUUCACUUCACCGUUUUCGAUUUCUACAACGUUAUUCUUCGUAGGACACAAAGUAACAUGAAUUACCGUUUCUCAUUUACGAAUAUAUCAUGUUGCGGUAUUGGGACACAUAACGCAUAUGGUUGCGGUUUACCUAACGUUCACUCGAAGCUAUGCGAGUAUCAAAGAUCUUACCUUUACUUCGAUGGACGUCAUAACACAGAGAAGGCACAAGAAUCAUUCGCGCAUCUUCUCUUUGGGGCUGAUCCAAACGUUAUACAACCCAUGACCAUUCGUGAGCUUAUUGUAUAUCCUCUUGAUGACCCCAUGCGAGAGUUUUGGGAAGAUCCAAUGGAGAAGAAGUUAUCGUUAGUUCAGAACGUUGUUCAUGACUUUGAUGCUAGUGGAUCUAUGUAA